AUGUCAAUUUUCAACAACAUUUAUAACUCGUUCCUAGUUUUCAUUAAUUCGCAUCAACGCAGUCCUUUGAAAAUAAAUAACGUAAAUGAAAAACCGGUUGACAAUAUUAAUGCACAGCAUUCUCAAGCAGAGGUACCAUGUCGUUCAUGCACUGAUUUCCGGACGUUUAGUCGUAUGAGACGUCAAGAGUUUAGUCAAAGUCAGGUUCAUUCACUGAAUAGCCAAUCUAAAGAUAAUAAUGAUGAAACCAAAAUACUAGAACACCAAAGAGAUGAUUGUCCCUUAGAUAAAGAUGAAUUAGGUCGUAGUACAUGGAAAUUACUACAUACCAUAGCUGCCACAUAUUCAGAUGAACCGUCACGUGAAGACCAAUCUAACAUGGAACAAUUCAUUAGAUUAAUACCAAAAGUCUAUCCUUGUGAAAUUUGUGCUAACGAUUUUUCCGAAAUAUUAACAUAUCAUCCACCAAACAUUAGCUCUCAAAAGUCAUUUUCAAAAUGGAUGUGUGAAGUACACAAUAUGGUAAAUCGGAAAUUAGAAAAGCCUCUAUUUGACUGUUCUAAAGUAAAUGAACGAUGGCGUGAUGGUUGGGCUGAUGGACAUUGUGAAUAA